GUGGAUUUUCAAUCAUAUUUGUUUUAUGCUCUUUUGGUUUAGUUCUUUACAAUAACCACUUGACCUUGCAUAUUUUAUGGACAGAAAAUAGUCCGGAACUGUUAGGAAGAAAUACUAAUCUGCGUCCUGUCAACGGUCAGCAAUUGUUCCGCGUUUCUUGCAUGCUGGAUGUCCCCUUCCUUCCUCUCUUGUUCGACAUGUCUUUGCACAUUCGGAAACUAUAAUAACCUCACAUACACUGCGGUUAGAAAGAAGUCAUUCUACUUUGCACGCUCAACAUUGCUAUAGUGACACUCACUUCUAGCUCACUUUUACUUUGAUUAUCCAUGGACGUUCAACUACUUCAGUAUUUUGGAGAUUUCUCCCAACAAAAUAUGUUAAGCUUUCCAAAAGAAACAGGCAGCCUACUAAGAAAGCCAAUCACUCGAGUGCAGUUCAUCGAUCUGCAUCAAGUAUAUUACAAGGUACAAAGUCGUGUUGGCAGAGAGUCCAGACAGAGGCUGGUGGAUGGUAGAAUAAGGAUGCUAGUUACAUUUCAUGCACAAAUUCAAGGUAUUCAAGUUUUCGUUGAAAGAAUCYCAGAAGCUGCACUUCUGUGCAAUGACUUUAAUGGACGAGUAAAACUGGAGACAAAGAUGGGCAAACUUGAAUCGAAUAAGCAAUUCCUGUCAGUUGAUCUUGACUCAGUGUACACGUCUCCAUUAGGAAAACCUGUCUACAAACUUUCAACGGUCGAGGCGGAGAAAAGAAAUCGUUUUCGUAUUGUCGUUGUCAUUGAUGGGUCCGAGUCGAAAACAUAUUUCAGUAGACCAUUCCUGAUAAGAAGUCGAAGAACGUCCUUCAAACGUAAUUCGAAGACUUGCUCUACACCAUAAGCUAACUUGACAUAUACGAAUAGCGAUUUUACCAUGCUAUGGAGUUGGAUAAAAAAAAAUAAUUCCUGCAGACCUACGUAAAGGUUUACGCAGAAUUAACGUACGUCUGACGUACAGAAAUUCCAUAUAGCUCUUUUUCACUUUUUUUACGAAACUUUACGUAAUGUCURGACGUCUCACUUUUACAGACCGAUCGUUGAGCCACUAGGUAUGGCAAUAGAAACGUGUAAUCUUUUGUACUAAGUGAUUACUAAAUUGUCGUGACAUGUGUAUAAUUUACUUUACAUGUAGUAUCUUACGGAAAAGGCCAACUCAAAUUUACAUAUCAAGAGAUAAACUCUUAUGGACAGGGACACGGAAAAAACCCAUACAUCAUAUAGAACUCCUCUCGCGGAAAAAAACGUACAUCAUACUUCUUUCGAAUGCAACGGAACCUUUACUUAAAACUUUACACAUUUACCGUAAUUACAUAAACAAAUAUGAUUUUGAUAUACUUUACCAAUAAAAAUUGUACAAUUACAACGCACAAAAUGUCGUAUUUAUAUCAUUCAUAUCACYACAGUAGCCAUGGUGUAUACAACACAAUGUAGACUUAACUGUAAUACUACAGAACUAGUGCAUUGUUCAAACAUAUCAAAGCUUUUCUGUCAUUUCUGGUACAGCCUGAAAUAAAUAACAAUUAAUAAUUGACAAAAUGAGAUUAUUACAGAACAAACAAGCAACAAGAAACAAAACACAAACAAUCAAUGGGAAAGUGAAAAAGAAAUGUAAAAUAAAAGUCUUUUGAAGAUGAUGGGAAUUGUAAAAGGAAACGUUUUUYAUACCUUAAACAAAUCUUCAACCAAGCCAUAGUCAGCAACUAAAGCAAAAAUGAUCAAAUUCAUUAAAUUGAUUGUUACAUA